AUGACUGGAAGUUUUGGAAAUAAAUCUAGUUCUCAAGAUGAGGUUAGAUACUGUUGUGGUUUAUCAAAUAUGGUAGCUACUCCAAUUGCUAUGGUUGCAUUUAUUGCAUCUUCUAUUGGAUGUGUUUACUACAAUAAGAUGUGUUAUCAUUCAAAUAUACCUUUUCCUAUUUUCAUGUCUUGGGCUCAACAAUUAAUAGGUAUGUUGGUGAUGUCUACAUUUUUAACUAUUAGAGGUUUAGUAAGUGGUAAUAAAGAAGUAUCUGCUAAUAUCCCUCUUAGUAAACGUUUACAUAGAUAUAAAUAUGCAGUAUGGGUUGCUUUAUGUUUUUGCAUGAAUAUUUCAUUUAAUAAUCGAUGCUUGAUGUAUACUAAAAUAUCUAUGUAUGCUAUUGCUAAAUCGACUACUGUAUGUUAUUCCUUGAUAUUACAGUAUUUAUUACUUGGAAUUAAAGUUAAACUAUCAUCUGCCCUAUCAUGUUUUGUUAUUGUUGGAGGUGUUAUAGUUAGUCUUACUGAUAAUACAUUUGGACUAAAUCCUAAAGCUUUCCUUUUAGGUACUAUAUCUUCAUUUUUCCAAUCUUUUUAUUCUAUAGCAGUUAAAUAUACUGUACCUCAUUGUGAUAAUUCUACAACAGAAUUAUUACUACAUGUACAAGAACUUUCUUGUGUUAUUUUCUUAAUAAUUGCUUACUUUUGGGGUGAGCUUACAGAAGUAUUAAAUUCUCAGAUAUUUGCCUUUGUAAGUGCUCCAUCUGUAGCUUUAAAAUUAUGGUUAAAGAUGGCUGGUUCAGCUAUAUUAGCUAUAUCUCUUAAUCAAUGUUGUUAUUUAGUUGUAUCUUUAACAACUCCAGUAACUUACAAUGUUAUUGGUUUAGUUAAGCAAGGUUUACAAACAGCAGGAGGUUUCAUAUUCUGGAAAGAACCAAUAAAACCAGGUCCAGUUAUUGGUGCAUGUUUAACUUUCACUGGUUCAGCUUUUUACACAACUACAAAAUUGUGGGAUACAAAUUCAUCUAAAUCAACUAAACAAGAAGAGAUUGUAAAGGAACAAGCCCGAUUAUCAGUUGGUACGGCAUCUGAUGCAUUUGAAAAUCCAAUACCAGAAACCGAAAAUAAGACAACUGAGAAACAACCACUUAUUGAACCUGAUAAGUGUGAGAAAGGUCAAUCUUAA